AUGGACGGAGAUCUCAAGAGGGAUUUGAAGAGUGUGAAAGAUAAGAUUAAGGAUGGGAUUAAAGAGGUGAUUAGGAAGUUGGGUGUUGAGACUUUGGAUCAGAAAGUGAAGACGGAUUUGGGGAAUUUGAAGAGGAAGAUUGAGGGGCUUAGAGAUGAAGUUACUGGUAGUGAGAUCGGUAAUAGUAAAAUUGUUAGUAAGCAGUUGGAAGAGCUUAAAAGGCAUAAGGGAACGCUUGAUAAUACUACCAGUUCAAGCGGUUCAAUUCAUAAGGCUAUGAGUGAGCUUGACCAGAAGUUUCAGGCUGUGAUCCAACAGCCGCUUAGCCGUGCGGUCACUGCAGUUGACUCGGCGAUUGGGGAGCUUGGCGGGAAGUUUAGUCUAAGCGUGGACAAACAGAAUGUUCAAGGCAUUUUCGGGUAUAUUAAAGAAAAGGUAGGGGAGAUUAAGGGGACACCGGGGCAAAAUGGUAGAGGCGGAAAAGGUGUAGAUGGAAUCGUCGCCAGGUUUAAGGCGUACGUCACGGGUGUUGGGGAAAAUAUGAAAAAAGAAACUGGGACAGAUGGGACAGUGCACAGUUGGCUUGACAAGAUUCUGACGCACAAUGGCGUGGUAGUCUAUAGACUUGGAAAAUAUUUCGGGGAAAAUAAAGGUGGUCAGCUUAAUACUUAUUAUACUAAGCCGGCGCAAUUGCAUGCCCCGAUUAGGGACCAGACUAAGGCAAAGCUUAAGGAAGCCGGUGUUUAUGACGAAGCUAAGGGACAGCAUGAAAUCAAAAAUAAUGGCCCCCUUACCGAUAGGCUGGCUUCACUUAAGGAAUUCCUGGAGAAAUACGCCAGCGUGCUUGAUGGCAAAAUUAAUGUUGAUAACAAUACUUUUGUCACUGACUUAGUGUCGAAGAUUGAAGGAGCAGUUAAGAAUGGAAAUCACCACUCCGAUUACAAGCAGGAAAAUCUCACAUCCACAGUCGAAGCAACGCUAGCUGCACUCACCGCCGACGCCAGACGGACUGCCGGGGAGAUCAAUUCGCUACUGCUCAACGUCGACAGGAGCGGACAACCCACUGAUGGCAGCGUUGCAAAAUUUUUGGACAAAACAAAGGAAAUAACCGAUGACCUUGACAGUAAGCUUACCCAGGCGACUAGCCCUCCCAAACCCGACCCCGCCGGCACCUCCACUGAAAGCCCCGCCCAAGCCGUGGACAGCAGGUUGAAGGAAGUGAGGGAUAUGGUUAAUACAAAGAUUGAAGGGACAUUUACGACCGAAGUCACAAAAGAUCUUGCCGCUGCAGUAAGCGAACUUCCCACCGCCGUUGACAAUUUCAACCAACAAGCUCAGGAACAGAUCAGGGCUGCGGCCACGACGGCGAUUGAGAAGGCGGCGGGGCAGAUUAGUGAGAAGGGUCAAGAGAUAAAGCUUGAUGAAAAUGGUUUAAUGUCCACUUUCGAAACAGCCCACGGGAAGAUCAGAAAGGAUCUCGACAGCGAACUUAAGAAGCAAGUUGAUAAGCACAUUGGGCAGGAUGACAAUACAGGUGGUCAAGCGGAUAAAGUUAGCAUUACUAAAGAUCAGUUUGGCAGUUAUUAUAAGCACGUUGUGCAACCUGUCAAUGGCACUUUAACCGGCAAGUAUUCCGAAGGCAAGCUUCCAGAGGCGAUAGGGAAGAUUGAAAGUGAGGGACUGGAAGCGCUUGAAGAUAAGAUCGGUAUAAAAGCCAGUGGAAAGGCAGAAAUUACCGAUGCAACCUUCACCGGUCCGUUCAAAGCAAUUGAGGAUGGGCUUGGAGAUAUCGGGAAAAUGGUUGAUAGUGAGGGCACAUAUUUUAUGGACGAUACUAACAGAGGAAUCACACAGUUUUUGGAUGAUUUAAGGAGCAUGAUUGGAAACGGUACAACAUCUAUGUUCUUCACGAAUACCCUCGAAAAAAUCAGACCGGCGAUUGAAAAACUGCAUAACAAGCAGUUUACUAGCGGACCCAAAGAAAUUGACCAAGCCGUCACCGCAAUUAAGGGGCAGCUUAAAGAGCUUAAAGAGAAGUUGAAGAAUAAACUCAAGCCGGGAGAUGACGUGAUCAACGCCUUGACAAUUUUGCAACGCCAUGGUCUCAGUUCUACUACGUGGCAGAAUGGUAAGCAUUUUUGGCCAACGAACGGCAAUAAUGGUGUCACAGUCGACGGCCUCGGGAAAAUCGAAGAGGACCUUAAAGCGCAGAAUGAUCAAUUGGCCAAGCAGAACAGCAAAAUUGGGGAGGCCAUAUGGGAAAUAAAAAAGGCGCUUGCAUGUCUCGGAUUUAAGAUACAAGGUUUAUACACUACCGAUGACGUAAUAGACCAAUUAGUAUGGUUGGGUAAGUUGAUUGGCAAAGGUACGGAUAAAGCUAAAAAUAAUCUGCAAGGAAUAUACGUGAAAAUAAAGCAAUUGCAAGAAGGGGAAUUUACUCAGAAACCACAAGCCAUCGAACAGGCCAAUGAGGAAAUUAAAGCAGAACUCACUACCCUCCAAAAUGAGUUGCAAGGCAGCCAAGGCAACGAUGUCAUAAAGACACUGGAAGAUUUGCAGAGCACGGGGCUUGGCGGCGGUGACUGGAAAAAAGAUGAUAAUGAAAAAGGCCUCGCAAAAAUUAAUAGUGAACUUCAAGGUCAACAAAAUACGCUGGGACAACAACCCGGUGAAAUUCAGACUGGCGUCUCCCAAAUCACCACGGAGUUUCAAAGGCUUCAGAAGCAGUUGACUGAAGAGGUCACCGAAAAGCUCAAGAAGCUGAGAGAAAGUGGCCUUGGCAGUGGACAAACUUGGGAUAUUGACGAUAACUCUGCAAAAGGUCUCACUAAAAUCACCGCAGACAUCGCGACCAUAAAAACCAAGGACGUUGAGGACUUGAAAGACAAACUCAAGGAGCUGUGCACAGCUAUACGGACGGAAGCAAACGAGUUAAGCAGGGACUUAAAGCGUCUGAAAGGUGACGGCCUUACUGAGAUGAAGAAAAUUUACAGUGACCUUUACGAUUUGUACUUCGGCCCGCUGAACGAUGUCAUCCAAUCACUCAAGGCCUUCGAUAAAUAUGCCGUCUUGGCAGCUUCCUUGAUCUGCUUCUGA